CCCCAGCCCCCGCUGCAGCUGCUGGCUGUGCCCCCCACCCCCAGCCCCCCCUGCAGCCUCUGCUCCCCCCCUCGCUGCAACUGCUGGCUCUGCCUCCCCCCGCUCCCCCCCCCCGCCUGCAGCUGCCCUGGCAGCCAGGCCCCCUUGGCCAAGAUGAGCUAUGACCCCUAUGGCUUCCGCAAGCCGUGGCAGGAGUACCGGAGCGUCCGCUCCACCAAGUCCACCGUCUCCUCCUCCCUGUACGCCCUGCACCGGCCGGCGCUGGCCCCUGCCAAGCGCUCGGGGUGCGUCGCCUCCCUGGAGAAGUUGGACCUGUCCCAGGUGAGUAGCCUGAACGCGGAGCUGCUGGGGCUGCGGGCCCAGGAGAAGGAGCAGCUGGUCGACCUCAACGACCGCUUCGCCACCUACGUGGAGAAGGUGCGCCGGCUGGAGCAGCACAACAAGGUGCUGCUGGUGGAGCUGGAGGCGCUGCGGCAGAAGCAGCAGGACCCCUCGCGCCUGCACCUGCUGUACCGGCAGGAGCUGCGCGGCCUGCGCGGCCUGCUGGAGACGGAGGCGGGCGAGAAGAUGCGCAUGGAGGCCAGCCGGGACCAGCUGCGCGACUCCUGCAGCCAGCUGAAGGAGCGCUAUGAGGAGGAGGCGCGGCUGCGGCUGCAGGCCGAGGAGACGCUGCGGAAGGUGCGGGAGGAGGCCGGCCAGGCCGCGCUGGCUAACAGCGACGUGGAGGGCAGCAUCGGCUCCCUGCUGGGGGAGAUCUCCCUGCUCCACAAGGUCUUCGGGCAGGAGAGUGCCGAGCUGUCGGCCCAGGUGGAGGCGGCCAGUCUGCCGGUGGACGUGAGCCUGGCGGGAGCUAAGCCCGAUCUGGCGGCAGCGCUGCGGGAGAUCCGGGCGCAGUACGAGACGCUGGCCGGCAGGAACAUGCAGGCGGCCGAAGACUGGUACCGCACCAGGUUCGCCUCGGUGGCCGAGCUAGCCAGCAAGAACAACGAGGCGGUGAGGUCCAUGCGGGAGGAGACGGCCGAGUACCGGCGCCUGCUGCAGUCCCGCUCGGCCGAGGUCGAGGCCCUGCGCAGCAUCAUCGACUCGCUCAACAAGCAGCUGGAGAGCGUGGAGGACAGGCAGAGCAGCGAGGUGGCCACGUACCAGGAGCGCGUGGCCGACCUGGAGCAGGAGAUCAGGGAGGCCAAGCAGGAGAUGGCGCGGUACCUGCGUGAGUACCAGGACCUGCUCAAUGUCAAGAUGGCGCUGGACAUCGAGAUCGCCGCCUACAGGAAGCUGCUGGAGGGGGAAGAGAUCCGGCUGAGCUACUCAUCCCCCCUGUGAUCAGCGGGGGCCUGCAGCAGGAGAGCAGCCCCCAGUCACCCCCCAUUCCCUGCACCCCCCUGCUGCCCUGUCCCCUUCACACCUCUCCAGUCACUCACCUGUCGCCCCCAGUGCUGAGGGAGUCGGGCAGCUGCAGGGCUGUUCCCCAGCAGUCAGGUGCGUGUGAGAGCCCCCGUCUCAUUGGCUGCAGCC